AUGCGAGGGAUGCUAGAGGACGAGAGGAGGGCAGUGCCUACCCUGCCCAUGGUCCUGGUUCUGGUGUCGGCUCUCCAGAGAACUGGCACAGUCUUCUCAUCCAGGCACAUGUCCAUGAUGCGCCUCAUGCUCAUGAACCUCAUGCUGCUCAUGCCCAUCUCCCUGAAGCUGCGGUACUCGCCGGGCCUCAUCAUUCACAUGCAGAGGGAGCGCCGUUGCAUGCUGCUGACUCAUGGAUACCGUACAAUGGGCCCAUCCACCAUCAUCUUCUACGAGGACAAGAACUUCCAGGGUCGCUCCUAUGAGACCAGCAGCGACUGCGCGGACAUGUCCUCCCACCUGAACAAGUGCCAGUCCUGCAGGGUGGAGAGCGGCAUGUUCAUGGUCUACGACAGGCCCAACUUCAUGGGGAACCAGUACCUCAUGAGGAGGGGCGAGUACUCGGACUACCAGAGAAUGAUGGGCUUCAGCGACUGCAUCCGCUCAUGCAGGAUGAUCCCUACGCACCAGGGCGCCUACAGGAUCCGCAUCUACGAGAUGGAGAACUUCGGGGGCCAGAGCCAGGAGCUGAUGGAGGACUGCGACAACAUCCAGGACCGGUUCCAGAUGUCGGACUGCAUGUCCUGCCAGGUGAUGGACGGCCACUGGCUGAUGUACGAGCAGCCCCACUUCAGGGGCAGGAUGAUGUACCUGAGGCCCGGCGAGUACCGCAGCUUCAGGGAGAUGGGCUACGACCGGAUGAGGAACUUCCAGGGGCGCCACUAUGAGACCAGCAGCGAUUGCCCGGACAUGUCCUCCUACCUGAGCAGGUGCCACUCCUGCAGGGUGGAGAGCGGCUGCUUCAUGGUCUACGACAGGCCCAACUUCAUGGGCAACCAGUACUUCGUGAGGAGGGGCGAGUACGCCGACUACCAGCGCAUGGGCAUGAGCGACUGCAUCCGCUCCUGCAGGAUGAUCCCCAUGCACCGCGGCCAGUUCAGGAUGAGGAUCUACGAGAGGGAGAACUUCGGCGGUCAGAUGCACGAGCUGAUGGACGACUGCGACAACAUGGUGGACCGCUACCGCAUGAACGACUGCAUGUCCUGCCAUGUGAUGGACGGCCACUGGCUGAUGUACGAGCAGCCCCACUACAGAGGCAGGAUGAUGUACAUGAGGCCCGGCGAGUACCGCAGCUUCAGGGAGAUGGGAUACAGCGGCUCCAAGUUCAUGAGCAUGAGGCGCAUCAUGGACUCCUGCUACUAGAGCAUCCAUGCACAAAAGCAAGAUGUUAACAAAUAAUAAAAACCCA